CUCUCUCACUCAGCUUUUUUUCGCUCCUCAGUCUCUCUCCCCAAGUUCUCUCUCUCUCUGUCUUUCAUCAAUGGUUUACACAAUCUCAGGAGUACGUUUCCCUAAUCUUCCAUCGAUUAAGAAGAAGAACUCGUCUCUCCCAAGUUUUAAUGAAGAUCUCAGGAGAAGCAACGCUGUUUCCUUCUCCCUAAGGAAGGACCCUCGUUCUUCUUCUUCUUCUUCUGGGAAGGUUUUUGCUCGGAAGCCACCGUAUGAUUCUGAUUCGUCUUCUUUAGCUACCACUGCAUCUGAGAAGCUCGGCGGCCAUCAGAGUGAUACCUCUUCAUCUGUCACUGAUCAAGUAGAAGAUACUCAGGUUGUCGACGAUGUAGACGCCCCGAAUAUUGAAGAAGCCCUGGAAACAGAGAAACUAGAUCAAACUUCUGCACUCUCAACAUCGGGAGACAAAAGUUAUAAAGAAAAUUUUGCAAAGAUGUCACCGUCUGUCGAACAAGAAGUUGGUCAGAGGAGGGUUCCACCUCCUGGAGAUGGGAAGAAAAUAUAUGACAUUGAUCCUAUGUUGAACAGUCAUCGUGGUCAUCUUGAUUACAGAUAUGGGCAGUACAGAAAACUGCGUGACGAAAUCGACAAGAAUGAAGGUGGUUUAGAGGCAUUUUCUCGUGGUUACGAAAUAUUUGGCUUCACUCGAUGCGCCACUGGUAUCACUUACCGGGAAUGGGCACCAGGAGCUAAGGCAGCAUCACUGAUUGGAGAUUUUAAUAACUGGAAUGCGAAAGCUGAUGUAAUGACUCGGAACAACUUUGGUGUGUGGGAAAUAUUUCUGCCAAAUAAUGCUGAUGGCUCGUCAGCAAUUCCCCAUGGCUCCCGCGUGAAGAUUCGCAUGGAUACCCCAUCUGGUAUUAAAGACUCCAUUCCAGCUUGGAUCAAGUAUUCUGUCCAGCCACCAGGCGAGAUCCCAUACAAUGGAGUAUAUUAUGACCCUGCUGAGGAGGAUAAAUAUGUGUUCAAACAUCCUCGUCCAAAGAGACCCACAUCCCUGCGUAUAUAUGAAUCACAUGUUGGAAUGAGUAGUACGGAACCAAUGAUAAAUACAUAUGCCAACUUUAGAGAUGAUGUACUUCCGCGUAUAAAAAAGCUAGGCUAUAAUGCGGUUCAAAUAAUGGCCAUUCAAGAGCAUUCUUACUAUGCCAGCUUUGGGUAUCAUGUGACAAAUUUUUUCGCACCUAGCAGCCGCUUUGGAACACCUGAUGACCUUAAAUCUUUGAUAGACAAAGCUCAUGAGCUAGGUCUGGUUGUUCUGAUGGAUAUUGUGCACAGCCAUGCAUCAAAAAACACACUGGAUGGCCUGAACAUGUUUGAUGGCACUGAUGGUCAAUAUUUUCACUCUGGAUCGCGGGGUUAUCAUUGGAUGUGGGAUUCUCGUCUUUUCAAUUAUGGAAGCUGGGAAGUGCUUAGGUAUCUUCUUUCCAACGCGAGAUGGUGGCUGGAAGAAUACAAGUUUGAUGGGUUCAGAUUUGAUGGUGUGACUUCCAUGAUGUACACUCAUCAUGGCUUGCAGGUCGAAUUUACUGGGAAUUACAAUGAGUACUUUGGUUAUUCUACUGAUGUUGACGCUGUGGUCUAUCUAAUGCUGGUGAACGAUAUGAUUCAUGGGCUAUACCCUGAGGCUAUUGUUGUCGGCGAGGAUGUUAGCGGGAUGCCAGCUUUUUGCAUUCCUGUCGAAGACGGUGGUGUGGGUUUUGACUACCGUCUACACAUGGCAGUGGCAGAUAAAUGGAUUGAGCUUCUCAAGAAGAGAGACGAGGACUGGCAGGUUGGUGAUAUAACUUUCACGCUUACCAACAGGAGGUGGGGAGAAAAAUGUGUUGUCUAUGCGGAGAGUCAUGAUCAAGCCCUUGUUGGAGACAAAACGAUAGCGUUCUGGCUAAUGGACAAGGACAUGUAUGAUUUCAUGGCCGUUGAUAGACAGGCCACCCCGCGUGUAGACCGUGGGAUUGCUUUACACAAAAUGAUCCGUCUCAUUACGAUGGGAUUGGGUGGAGAAGGAUACCUCAAUUUCAUGGGAAACGAAUUUGGACACCCAGAGUGGAUCGACUUCCCAAGGACUGAUCAGCACCUUCCUGAUGGCAGAGUCAUCCCUGGGAAUAAUGGUAGUUAUGAUAAAUGCCGACGUAGGUUUGAUCUGGGAGAUGCAGAAUAUCUUAGAUACCAUGGACUACAAGAGUUUGAUCGAGCAAUGCAACAUCUCGAGGAGACCUAUGGUUUCAUGACUUCAGAGCACCAGUACAUCUCCCGCAAGGAUGAAGGAGACAGAGUCAUUGUAUUCGAGAGAGGUAACUUGGUCUUCGUCUUCAACUUCCACUGGACCAACAGUUACUCUGACUACCGCAUCGGUUGCUCUACUCCCGGAAAGUACAAAAUCGUUUUGGACUCUGAUAACUCUUUAUUCGGAGGCUUCAACCGGCUAGAUGACUCCGCGGAGUUUUUCACCUCUGAUGGAAGACACGACGAUAGGCCUUGCUACUUCAUGGUGUAUGCGCCGUGCAGAACCGCUGUAGUGUACGCUGCAGUAAAGGAUGAUGAACGUUCUUCUCUUGUCCCCAUAAGCCUGUUACCCGAAGAUGUGUAGGAGCAAGAAAAGGAUAUCCGAGUGUACCUAAUGUAAGCUUCUUUGUAUUUCAAAGAUGUACUGUUUGAUCUCCAUUUUCUUUAGGUUUCGCUUGCAGCAUCGUUAUAACUUUAAAAUGAAAUAAAAGUCGUUGCACUUCUACA